GUGGUUUGGUCACACUUCGCCGGCGAUAUUUCCGAUCGUUCUCUCUCCCCCCUCUCUCUCUCUCUCUACAGUUAAGCAACCCUAUAACCAGUUUUAGCUCUCUCGUUUUUUCUUCGCUUUUUUAGGGUUGCUUAACUGUGUCUGUGUCACUGUUUCGGAGUUCUAAAAGAGUCGGUAUGAGUUGAUGAUUCUGGUUAUGUUCUCUGUAUGAUAUUAAAAAUGUUAACUCUGAUUAUAUACUCUAUGUUAGCCGCAUGUGUGCUUCAAGUUAUUGGAACUAUGAUUAGCUAGCUGGUUUUCUCUCUAUUUGUUUUUUUUUUGUUUGAAGUUGAAUCAACUCUAGUUUGGAUUCUGAAGGUCUGCAUUGCUGCUUCGAGGACAGGCUUGUAGUGACUUUAGAAGAAAGCUUCAGAGAACAGCUGAGAGAUAUGGUAUGGCCUUUUUAUACUCAACUUUGUAGUAGGUUCUUGUUUAAGAUAUUUAACUUCUGUGGGGGCAGAAACUUUACUGAAAAUGAAUUAUAAUAUAAGAGAGAAGCUCUUCUAUGAUUGGCGCCAGUGAAUCAUGUGGGUAUCAGAGUUUCACCCGGGGUCCACAGUUCGUAGUUUUGUUAAUGGAAAGCUUUUUUUUUUUUUUUUUUUGCUUUUUGUAUCAUCAAUUUCAAAACUGAUAAGUUCUUUGUUACAGUCUUUUUCUAAUCAAAGUUUUUGGAUGGCUAAGAGCUCUGAGAUUCCUAGUGAUGGGGAGACGGCGUCUUAUGGUAAUGCUUCUAAGCGUCCUCAUCAGUGGCUUUUGGAUGGCUCUGAGUUACUUCCAAACAAGAAACAUGCAAUGGAAGCUCCUACCAGCAACUUGUUCUCUGAAGUGAUCCACUCGAAUGUCCCGGCUUGGGGAAACACUUUCUGUUUCCAGUCUAGUCCUCCUGGUCAGUUUACUGAACGGUUGUUUGACACUGUAACUGCAAGCUCACCUGAUAUUAAUGAUAAAAGCGUUCAUCCGGUUAACACUGAUCACUCUUUUGGUUUGUCAAUGGCACACACACUCGAGGACGAUCCUCAGAGUGGAGUUAGCUACGGUGGAAUCAGAAAAGUGAAAGUAAGCCAGGUGAAGGACUCUGAUAGUUUUGUAUCCACGACUAAUGCGUAUAGGGUUGAUGAGAAUGCCAUGUGCAUGGGUCUUGCAUUUGGUAAAGAAGAGGAGAAUAUGAUCGCUGAAAGCUACGAGAGGGAGAACAUCGUCUUUAUAUCAAUGGGGCAACCAUAUAAUGAUAAUAACAGUUUUGCUUCUGAUCUUGGUUUCGACAAAGUUGACACUAAUUUAAUAUCCAUGGGUCAAGGUAGCAUAAGCACACUAGUAGGUAGGGAUGGUGUAUAUAACAGGAGCAGUAACGCUGUGCAAGAGUCUUGUAAUAAGGGACAGAGUACACUCAUAUCUUUUGGUGGUUCCAGUGACGUUGUUGAUGCUAAUAACUCUGGCUACGAGUUCUUGAUGUCUCAAUCCACACCUCAGUUAUCUGAAACUCCAACCAACGUGCUUGGUAAAGAUGCUACAUUCUCUAGUAUUGAUGUCUCCGUGAAGAAAGAAGAAACAAAAGCGUCAAAGAAACUUCAGAGCAAUAGUUUCCCUUCUAAUGUAAGGAGUCUGCUGUCUACCGGUAUGCUUGAUGGAGUUCCAGUGAAAUACAUUGCUUGGUCACGUGAGAAGGAGCUUCAUGGUGUUAUCAAGGGCUCUGGGUAUCAAUGUGGAUGCGACUCGUGUAACUCCUCUAAGGUGGUGAAUGCAUAUGAGUUUGAACGGCACGCUGGUUGCAAGACGAAGCAUCCUAAUAACCAUAUAUACUUUGAGAACGGGAAAACCAUCUACGGGAUAGUUCAAGAGCUUAGAAACACACCGCAAGAUUUGCUGUUCAAUGUUAUCCCAACAAUGACUGGCUCCACCAUCAACCAAAAGUCUUUCCGUCUAUGGAAAGAAUCCUACUUAGCUGCUACACGGGAACUUCAGCGUAUCUACGGGAAGGAAGAAGGAUACCUGCUCUGAAUAGUCUUUGCAAGGUCUUGUACUCAUUGUUGGUAAAAUUCAAAACCAAUGGAGAAUUAAUGUUUUUCCCCCUUUCCAUUGGAUAAAUAAUAUGAGAACUGUUUCUAUUUUAUAUUUUACAUUCAUCAUAAACUAAAAAGAUGAAUGAAAUAUAUAUGUAUAUAUUCACAACUAUUCACCAUUAUCAUUAUCCUAGAGAUGAAGUUAAUUUUCAGUUCU